AUGGCAGAUGCAUUAGUUUUGUCCGUUGUAAGAAGCUUGAAUACAAUCAUCCAACCUGAGUUGGGAUUGGUUUUUUCCGCUCGCCAAGAGCUACAAAAGCUUUCUAGUGCAUUCACAGCCAUUCAAGCAGUGCUCCGUGACGCUGAUCGAAGGCAAGUAAAGGAAGAAGCUCUAAGCAAUUGGUUGGAGAAGCUCAAGGACAUAGGCUAUGAUGUAGACGACUUACUAGAUGAAUGGAGAGCAGAAGCUCUCAGGCUUGAAAUCGAUGGCACCGGCAUCCCAACUUGCGGAAAGAAGGUAUGCAAUUUCUUCUUGCGCCGAUUCUGUUUCAAUGAACAUGUAGAUGAGAUUGUCUUUCAUCUUAAAUUGGGAGUUGAAAUGGGUCGAAAGGUAAAAACCAUUAGAGAAAGAUUAGAUAUGAUAUGUGACGAGCAUACUAAGUUCCGUUUGGAUGAAAGGUGGGAGAAGACUGAAAUAGAAGAAAGGAGAACGAGUUCUUUGAUUGAUGAGUCAGAGAUUAUCGGUAGGAAUCGAGAUAAAGAGAGAAUUAUAAACUGGUUGCUUACAGAAACUGGUUACGGAUAUGAAGAGCUUCCUGUCGGUUCUAUCGUCGGCAUGGGCGGGUUAGGGAAGACGACUCUUGCUCAAUUAGUCUACAGGGAUGAGAGGGUUAUCAGAAACUUUGAAAGAAGGAUGUGGGUGCAUGUGUCUCAGGUGUUCGAUGAAAUGAGGCUUUGUAAAGCAAUCAUUGAAGCUGUCGAGGGUACGGCUCCCCCCAAUUUCCUAGAAUUGGAAAUGGUGCACAUUCACUUGCGGAAGUUAAUAGAAGGUAGGAGAUUUUUGCUUGUGCUUGAUGAUAUGUGGAAUGAGAGCCAGGAUAAGUGGGAUAAAUUGAGGCUGCCUCUUAUAGGUGGAGCGAGUGGAAGUAGAAUUUUGAUCACUACCCAAAAUGAGACUGUCAUGAAAGUAACGGGCAGGGCUUUCACACAUCUUCUGAAGCCGCUACAAGAGGAUGAUUGUUGGUUGUUUUUCAGUCGUAUAGCAUUUUUGGGCAGGAGCACAAGGGAGCAAUUAGAGCUGGAGGGGGUUGGUCGGCAAAUUGCAAAUAAGUGUGGAGGAGUUCCUCUGGUUGUAAAGAGAAUAGGAAAUGCCAUGCGGUUCAGGAGAACAGUAAGAGAGUGGAAACUUGUCUUGGAGAGCCAAACAUGGGAUUUGCCAAUCGUUGCAAGAGGCAUUGUAUUUGAGCUUCAAGUGAGUUACUAUAAUAUGCCUUCACAUUUGAAGCAAUGCUUUGCCUUUUGUUCUAUAUUUCCUCGGGAUCAUGUAAUAGAGAAAGAGAUGCUAAUCAAGUUAUGGAUGGCCCAUGGUUUCAUUCUCUGCGAGGAAAGUGGAGAGCUGGAAAGUGUUGGCGAAGGGUAUUUUGAUGAUUUGUUGCGGCGAUCGUUGUUUGAAGAUCCAAUGACAGAUGAUCAGGGUAAUGUAAUGCACUGCAAGAUGAAGGAGAUAAUUCAUGACCUCUUUCGAAUCGUCAAGAGCGAAUGUCAUAUAAAGCAUAGAGAAACUUCAAGUGAUGUCCCUAUGCAUGCACGCCAUUUCUCAUUGGUAUGUACCGAGGAUUUGGCAUCGAUUCCUGGAAACUUAUAUAAAGCCAAGAACUUGCGCACACUCCUAUUCAUCGGAUGGUCAAGAAUUACUGGGGUCCCAAGCAAUAUUUUUGAAAGUUUGAGAUGCUUGAGGGUAUUAGAUUUGAGCGGUACUAACAUUAAACGAUUGCCAAAUUCUUUGGGGGAUAUGAAGCUUUUGAGAAUACCUCAAUUUGUCCACCACACAAAUCGAGGAAUUACCCGAAUCGAUUAG